CAAGAGGUCAAAGAUUGCACCCAGCCCGGCCCCCUCCGGGCAUAAAGGAGAGCGGGUCACAGGCAGGCAGUGCAGAAGCGGGUCGGUCUGUGCUCCCCGCUCCUCGCCACACACACCGGGAAGAUGAGGUUCUCCGUGGGCACCCUGCUGGCCUUUGCGGCCCUGGGAGUAUGUCUGGCUGUCCCUGACAAAACUGUAAAAUGGUGCGCAGUGUCAGAGCAGGAAAACAACAAGUGCAUCAGCCUCCGCGACCACUUGAAAGCUGUCCUUCCAGCUGAUGGUCCCCGGUUCGCUUGUGUGAAGAAAACCUCCUAUCCUGAUUGCAUCAAGGCCAUUGCAGCAGGUGAAGCAGAUGCCGUGACCUUGGAUGCCGGUUGGGUGUAUGAUGCAGGCCUGACUCCCAAUAACCUGAAGCCUAUAGUAGCAGAGGCUUACGGGUCACCUGAAAAUCCACAAACUUUCUACUGGGCUGUGGCCCUAGUGAAGAAGGGUACCGGUUUCCAGUUCAACCAGCUCCAAGGCAAGAAGUCCUGCCACACGGGCCUGGGCCGGUCUGCAGGAUGGAACAUCCCCGUCGGCUUACUUUACUGUGACUUGCCGGAGCCUCGCAAUCCUGUUGAGAAAGCUUUGGCCACAUUCUUCUCGGGCAGUUGUGUCCCCUGUGCAGAUCCUGUGGCCUUCCCCCAACUGUGUCAACUGUGUCCAAGCUGUGGCUGCUCUCCUUCUCAACCAUACUUUGGCUAUACAGGCGCCUUCAAGUGUCUGAAAGAUGGCGGUGGGGAUGUGGCCUUCGUCAAGCAAUCAACCAUAAAAGAGGUCCUGCCGGAUCAGGCCGACAGGGACCAGUAUGAGCUGCUCUGCCUUGACAACACCCGCAAGCCGGUGGAUCAGUAUGAGAGUUGCCACCUAGCCCGGAUCCCUUCUCAUGCUGUUGUGGCUCGAACUGUGGACGGCAAGGAGGACCUGAUCUGGGAGGUUCUCAAAGUGGCCCAGGAACAUUUUGGCAAAGGCAAAUCAAAUGACUUCCAACUAUUCAGCUCUCCUUUUGGGAUCAACCUGCUGUUUAAGGAUUCUGCCGUUGGGCUGCUAAAGGUCCCCCCAAGGAUGGACUACAGGCUAUACCUCGGCCAUAACUAUGUCACUGCCAUUAGGAAUCUACGGGAAGGCGUGUGCCCAGAAAGUUCUGGUGACAGUGCCCCAGUGAAGUGGUGUGCAUUAAGUCACCUUGAGAGACUCAAGUGUGAUGAAUGGAGCGUUAACAGCGGAGGGCAAAUAGAGUGCGAAUCAGCAGAGACCACAGAGGACUGCAUCGACAAGAUUGUGAAUGGAGAAGCUGAUGCCAUGAGCUUGGAUGGAGGCUAUGCCUACAUAGCAGGCCAAUGUGGUCUAGUGCCCGUCCUGGCAGAGAACUACGAGAGCUCUAAUUGCCAAACUCCAACAGAGCAAGGGUACUAUGCUGUGGCAGUGGUGAAGACAUCGGACCGUGACAUCUCCUGGAACAAUCUAAAAGGCAAAAAGUCUUGCCACACCGCAGUAGACAGAACCGCCGGCUGGAACAUCCCCAUGGGCCUGCUGUACAGCAGGAUCAAGCACUGCAAGUUUGAUGAAUUUUUCAGUCAGGGCUGUGCUCCUGGGUACGAGAAGAAUUCCACUCUCUGUGACCUGUGUAUAGGCCCAAGCAAAUGUGCUCCAAACAACAGAGAAGGAUACCAUGGUUACACGGGGGCUUUCAGGUGUCUCGUUGAAAAGGGGGAUGUAGCCUUUGUGAAACACCAGACUCCCUUUCAAAACACUGAAGGAAGAAACCCUGAUGCCUGGGCUAAGGGGCUGAAGGAGAGUGACUUCGAGCUGCUAUGUCCCGAUGGCACCAGGAAGCCUGUGUCCCAUUUCGCCAGCUGCCACUUGGCCCGAGCUCCAAACCAUGUUGUAGUGUCACGGAAAGAGAAGGCAGCCCACGUUAGCACCGUGCUGCUCAGCCAGCAGGCUUUAUUUGGAAGCCAUGUAUCUGACUGCUCUAGUACUUUCUGUUUGUUCGGGACUUCCACCUCAGAUCUUCUGUUCAGACAUGACACCAAAUGUUUGUCUAAGCUUCAGGAUGGCAUGACAUAUGAACAGUACUUAGGAGCAGACUAUGUCCAAGCUGUUGGUAACAUGAGGAAGUGCUCAACCUCACCGAGAAUACCCCUUAGGAACUACCACUCCCGUGAUGCCCCGCGCCCCGCCGCGGCGCGGAGUCUAGGGCCACGUCGCUUAGGUGGCCGGGGAAGACCACUCACCUCCUCCAUGGCUUCAGCGAACACCCAGCGUGUGGGGGAUGGCGCCGGGGGCGCCUUUCAGCCUUAUCUGGACUCCUUGCGGCAAGAGCUGCAGCGGAGUGAUCCGACCCUGCUGUCCGUGGCGGUGGCGCUGCUCGCGGUGCUGCUGACGCUGGUGUUCUGGAAGUUCAUCUGGAGCCGGAAGAGCAGUCAGAGAGCUGUUCUCUUCGUUGGGCUCUGUGACUCUGGGAAAACGUUGCUGUUUGUUAGGCUGUUAACUGGCCACUACAGAGACACACAGACUUCUAUUACCGACAGUUCUGCUGCAUACAAAGUCAACAAUAACAGGGGCAAUAGCCUGACCUUGAUUGACCUCCCUGGGCACGAGAGUUUGAGGCUUCAGUUCUUAGAGCGCUUCAAGUCUUCAGCCAGGGCUGUAGUAUUCGUGGUGGAUAGCGCAUCGUUCCAGCGUGAGGUGAAAGACGUGGCCGAGUUUCUCUACCAGGUCCUCAUCGACAGCAUAGCUCUGAAGAACUCACCGUCCUUCUUAAUUGCCUGCAAUAAGCAAGAUAUUGCAAUGGCAAAAUCAGCAAAGUUAAUUCAGCAGCAGCUUGAAAAGGAACUCAACACCUUGCGAGUUACCCGCUCUGCUGCUCCCAGCACACUGGACAGUUCCAGCACUGCGCCUGCUCAGUUGGGAAAGAAAGGCAAAGAGUUUGAAUUCUCCCAGUUGCCCCUCAAAGUGGAGUUCCUGGAAUGUAGUGCCAAGGGUGGGCGAGCGGAUGCCGGCUCUGCUGACAUCCAGGACUUGGAGAAGUGGCUGGCUAAGAUCGCCUGAGGGGCAGCUCUGGCCACAAACCUUGGUCAUUUGUGACUGACUGACAGUUUGGGAAAGGGCUGGUAGUGUGGAG